UCUCUCUCUCUCUCUCUCUCUCUCUCUCUCUCUCUCUCUCUCUUUCUUUCUUUCUUCUCAAAGAAACACCGAGAAAAUUAUCUCUCCUCCAAGAAACGGCGGGAAAAUCAUAACGAUGGGGAGGCCCAUUUCGUUCUGUCUUCUUCUGCACUCGGCGUUCUUGUUCGUGUUUCUCAACGCCAUUGUCGCCGACGCGCGGACGCGCAGCUCGCACCGCCCUCAUCAGGAGCCUAGUUACCUCAAAUUUGUUGUCAACGCCACCGAUUUUCCAACAGAAGAUUAUUACGACUACAUUAUUGUAGGAGGUGGCACUGCUGGGUGCCCCUUGGCUGCGACAUUAUCAUCUAGAUUCCGAGUGCUCCUGCUCGAACGGGGUGGGGUUGCUUAUGGAAAUCGAAACUUGAUGACCAGAGAAGGUUUCUUGGCCACACUCAUGGAUGUCAACUCCUUUGACUCACCUACUCAAGCCUUCACAUCUGAAGAAGGGGUCGCAAAUGUCCGAGGCCGCAUUCUUGGAGGCAGCAGUGCCAUAAAUGCUGGUUUCUACAGCCGUGCAGAUCAGGACUUUUACACCAAAACCAGUGUCGAUUGGGAUCCCCGAAUGGUGAAUGAGUCGUACGAGUGGGUUGAAAGGGCAAUUGUGUUUAGGCCGGAGCUGAGGACUUGGCAAUCGGCAGUACGAGAUGGGUUAUUGGAAGCUGGUGUUGAUCCCUACAACGGGUUCGAUUUGGAACAUGCGGUGGGGACCAAGAUUGGUGGUUCGACAUUUGACACUUCGGGAAGGAGACACAGUGCCGCAGAUCUUCUCAAGUAUGCAAAUCCACUUAACAUCAAAGUUGUGACUCAUGCAAGUGUGGAGAGGAUUCUGUUGGCUUCAACUAUGCCGUCUCCAGCAUCAAGGCAGUCUGCAGCGGGUGUUGUUUUUCGUGACAGAGUCGGGAGGUAUCACCACGCUGUAUUACGUGAACAUGGUGAGGUUAUUCUAUCAGCUGGUGCCAUCGGAAGUCCACAGCUGCUUCUGCUGAGUGGUAUUGGCCCAAGGCCUUAUCUUUCGUCAUGGGGGAUUCCAGUGGCUCAUCAUCUUCCUUAUGUUGGGCAAUAUCUCUAUGAUAACCCAAGAAAUGGCAUCUCAAUUGUGCCACCAUUUCCACUGGAGCACUCACUGAUACAAGUUGUGGGAAUUACUGAAUCAGGAGCUUACAUUGAAGCAGCCUCCAAUGUUAUCCCUUUUGCAUCACCUGCAAUGUCUGUGUUCAUUCGGACACCAUCCGCACCUCUCUACCUCACUGUGGCAACCCUCAUGGAGAAGACCAUUGGGCCAGCCUCAGCUGGUUCUCUGAGGUUGGCUUCAACAAAUGUCAGGGUGAACCCAAUUGUUCGAUUCAACUACUUCAGCAACCCGGUGGAUGUGCACAGGUGUGUGAAUGGGACGCGCAAGAUUGGUGAUAUACUCAAGACCAGGUCUAUGGAGGAUUUCAAGUUCCAGGGCUGGUUUGGGAGAAAAGACUUUAGGUUUGUGGGACCUGCAUUGCCUGUAGACCAAUCGAACUAUGAGCUGAUGGCAGAUUUCUGUCGCCGCACUGUUAGCACCAUAUGGCAUUACCAUGGGGGCUGCAUUUUGGGGAAGGUGGUUGAUGGUGAUUUCCGGGUCAUUGGUACUGAUGCUCUCAGAGUUGUCGAUGGAUCAACAUUAGGUAUAUCACCUGGGACAAAUCCUCAGGCUACUCUUAUGAUGCUUGGGAGAUACGUUGGGCUGAGGAUAAUGAAAGACCGAAAGGAAUAUAAGAUGAUCGACUGAUCAUCUAUUACAUUUUGACAUGCUUAGCGCUGAUCAUCUAUUACAUUGUUUAGCAGCUGCGGUGUCAUUUCUUGUAGAUGAAGAAUAGAUGGUGCUUUCGGGUCCGAAGAAUCAGUAUGUUGGUUCAUUCUUUCGUAAUAAAACUGUGAAUUGGAAGAGCUAAUUGUACUUUAAAUUUCAACCUCUGGGAUUAAUUAGGUUCUUGCAAAG